CGAACGAGGAAACAAGAGGAUCAAUUGUCGGUCUUUGAUGAGACGGGGUCAAAGGGCGGUGAUGCUUUAUGGAUUUAUGAGAAAAGUACGGACGGGAAGAGGAAGGACGAGUUGAAUUAAACAAGACGAAUACAAUCUCGGUUCAAACCAGAGAGAAGACGGACGUGAAACAUCUUAAACAAUCUUAAACGAGCUGAAGAUGAAGACGCUGCUGCUUCUUCCUCUCACCCUGGCAGUGGCUCUGGGAACGCCCACGUUUCCUCGGCCAGCGCAGGAGCAGCAGAUCCCCCUGCUGGGGGACUGGGUGCCGCUGCAGGGUCACGUGGUGGUGGAGCAUCCUGCACCACCACCCAAGCUGGGCCCCCAGGACCUGCAGGAACACCUGGAGCCCCAGGACCAGCAGAAAGUCCUGCAGCCCCAGGACCAGCAGAAAGACCUGGAGCCCCAGGACCAGCAGGGAGACCUGCAGCCCAAGAACCAGCAGAAAGACCUGGAGCCCCAGGACCAGCAGAAAGACCUGGAGCCCCAGGACCAGCAGAAAGUCCUGGAGCCCCAGGACCAGCAGAAAGACCUGGAGCCCAAGGACCAGCAGAAAGACCUGGAGCCCCAGGACCAGCAGAAAGACCUGGAGCCCCAGGACCAGCAGAAAGACCUGCAGCCCAAGAACCAGCAGGAACACCUGGAGCCCCAGGACCAGCAGAAAGACCUGGAGCCCAAGGACCAGCAGAAAGACCUGAAGCCCAAGAACCAGCAGAAAGACCUGGAGCCCCAGGACCAGCAGAAAGACCUGCAGCCCAAGAACCAGCAGAAAGACCUGGAGCCCAAGGACCAGCAGAAAGACCUGAAGCCCAAGAACCAGCAGGAACACCUGGAGCCCCAGGACCAGCAGAAAGACCUGGAGCCCCAGGACCAGCAGGAACACCUGCAGCCCAAGAACCAGCAGGAACACCUGGAGCCCAAGGACCAGCAGAAAGACCUGCAGCCCCAGGACCAGCAGAAAGACCUGCAGCCCCAGGACCAGCAGAAAGACCUGGAGCCCGCGGAGCUUCAGAGAGAGGCAGGGAUCCAAGAUGAGCAGCAGUUUAAGGUGGAAUCAGAAGUUAAGGUGGAGGUGGGGCAGGAGGCUGAACUAGAGCCAGAGACUGAGAUCCAGGAUGAGCCGGAGUUUAAGGUGGAAUCAGAAGUUAAGGUGGAGCCAUACCCCGAUGAGAUGCUUGAAGAUGAAGCCGAAGAGGAGUUCCAUGAAGGAGAAACUGAACCGGAUCUGGAGGCGGAAGAAAGACCGGAUGACAUGGAGGGAAGAUUCGAAACCAUGAACGAGCUGAAGUCACUGGGCGACGAUGAGAUGUUUGGACCGGAAGAUUCUGAACUUUUGACACAAGGGGAGGAGAUAGAGGAGGAGGAGGAGGAGGAAGAGCUCAUGCUGGGGAAAGACUCUUAUGAGCAGCUGAACAUGGAACUGGACCCAGAGAUGAUGGAGGAGACGGAGAUGAACCCUGAAGGACAGGCCUUAUUGAUGGAGGAGGAAGUAGAAGAAGAAGAAGAUACAGAAGUUCUGAGGCCAGAAGAACCAGCAGCUCAGUUGUUGGAGGAGGAAGAGGAGGAAGAGCUCAUGCUGGGGAAAGAUUCAUAUGAGCCGCUGAACAUGGAACUGGACCCAGAGAUGAUGGAGGAGACGGAGAUGAACCCUGAAGGACAGGCCUUAUUGAUGGAGGAGGAAGAAGAAGAAGAAGAAGAUACAGAAGUUCUGAGGCCAGAAGAACCAGCAGCUCAGUUGUUGGAGGAGGAAGAGGAGGAAGAGCUCAUGCUGGGGAAAGAUUCAUAUGAGCAGCUGAACAUGGAACUGGACCCAGAGAUGAUGGAAGAAAAGGAGAUUAACCCCGAAGGACAGGCCUUAUUGAUGGAGGAAGAAGAAGAAGAAAAAGAAGAAAAAGAAGAAAAGACAGAGGUUCUGAGGCCAGAAGAACCAGCAGCUCAGUUGUUGGAGGAGGAAGAGGAGAAGGAGAUGAGAGAACAGCUGAUUGUGAUGAGGGAGGGGCCCAACGGGCAGGGGAGGCGCAAUUGUCCAGGCGUGACACCCGACGGCAAGUGCUACCAGUUCUUCAGGGGACCAAAGAACUUUGAUGAUGCUGAGAACUUCUGUAAGCAGAAUUUCCCUGGAGGACACCUGGCCUCCAUCACCAGCCGGUACAUCCAUGAGGAGGUGAAGAAGCUGAUCCUGAAGCACACCGGCACCUAUACUCGCGCAUGGAUCGGAGGAAGACGACUCUCGGGGAACGGCUUCAGGUGGCUGGAUGGAUCCAGCUGGAGUUACGCCCAAUGGCUGUACGGGGAGCCCAACAACACAGCCGGGGUGGAGGACUGUCUGGAGGUCGUGGGGCGGCCCUAUGGAUAUGGGACGUUCAAUGACUUCACAUGCUGGGAGGAUCAGGCCUUCAUCUGCUCCUACUCUUUACAGUGAAGCUCUUUACUGUUCGGCUUCUUUGCUUCGAAGGGUUUCUUUUUAAAAAAAAAAAUUUUGCAGUGUUUUUUCUAAAUUAAAUCCGGUGAGAAAUUAAAGGACGAGACAAAUCACAAAUAUGUUAGACUGGUUUUCUCUGUUAGGAGAUCUUAAGAUGAUGUAUCUCAGAUGAGAGGUUUUGGUGUUUUCUGCUUCUCACUGGUUCAUCCUGGGAGUGAUGAUGUCAUCCUGCUGUGCUCCAAUCAGAACUCAGCAAGAUUUGAAAGAUGGUUUCUUUUAUUGUUGCUGUCAAUCAAGUGUGAUCAAAACAGACAUAUGCUCAUUCCUGAUGAAGGAGAUUUACUGGACAUAUUUUUUUUUUCUGUAAAAUUUUCAAUAAACCACUUCAACAUG